AUGAAAACAUGGACACCCGCAGCACUUAUUUGCCUGCCGAUGUUGGCAUCUACAUCACUUGGAAGUGUUGUGCAGUGGGAUAUUGAGAAGCGCAGCUCUGGCCAACGUCUACGGAGACGCUCCGAAAAGACAUCACAUGAGGGGGUUAUCACCAACGAAAAGUCCCAAGGAGGGUACUUUGCGACUAUAAGCGUCGGAACGCCCGGUCAGGAUCUCGUCAUGCAACUCGAUACGGCAAGUAGUGAUAUCUGGGUCCCAUACAGUGGCGCACCGAUUUGUGAUUCUGAUUGUUCGUAUGGAAGCUGUGAGUUGAUUUCAAUUAACCCCGAAAACUCCUCGACCUAUGAAAUGGUCGCUGAGGAUGGGUUUGAGAUAUCCUACGCAGAUGGCAGUUCCUCCGAUGGCGAUUAUUUCAAGGACAGUUUCCAGAUCGCGAACACAGUCGUACACAACUUGACAAUGGGCCUGGGCAGGGACACAACCAUCUCCUACGGCCUUGUUGGCGUCGGCUACGCCAAUAAUGAAGCUGCUGUAUCGACAUUAGGAGAGCUUUACGCCAAUCUUCCCAUAGCCAUGAAGCGGGACGGUCUCACCAAUUCUAUUGCUUUCAGCCUUUGGCUCAACGACUUGGAUGCCAGCAAAGGAAAUAUCUUGUUUGGCGGCAUUGACAGGGGGAAAUACACCGGCCCACUCAAGACGAUCGACGUUCUUCCAUAUGACGGAGCUUAUACGCAUUUUCUUGUGUCUUUGACCUCAAUUGAAGCCACUAGCCCCUCCGGGACUGACAUCCUGGCUACAUCAAAUUCUUCUCUGGAAGUUAUUCUGGAUUCUGGGACAACGCUGUCGUUCCUACCAAACGACGUUGUCCAAAAAAUGUGGGAGGAAGUCGGUGCCGAAUAUCAGAGCAAAUUUGACAUGGCAGUCCUCCCUUGUUCCCACCGAGAACACCCGGGACAUUUUUCCUUCACCUUCGGGGGUUCAAACGGGCCGGUGAUUAAUGUCACCAUGGACGAGCUCGUCGUCGAUCUUACCGACGGAAAUCAGCCCAAGUUCUCAUCAGGAGCAUAUUCAGGGGAGCUGGUUUGCGAGUUUGGUAUUCAAAACUACUCGACAGGCCCGUAUGUGUUGGGGGACACCUUUCUCCGCUCUGCAUAUGUCGUGUACGACCUCGACAACAACCAGGUCGGGUUGGCGGCAACAGAUUUCAACUCUUCAACAACCGAUAUCGUCGAAUUCGAGAAAUCGGGUACUGAAAUGCCUGGUGCAACAUCAGCAACAUCCUCCAGCAACGAGACAAGCACGGUGCUGCCAACUGCAACAAGAUUAGCUGCUGCGAAGGGAUUCCAAGACGGAGAUGAUUCCAACAGUUCCACACGACCUAUACAACCCAUCAUGAUGGCACUCUUUUUGGCUAUUAUAUCUCUUAGGGCAAUGUUUAUGGCAUAG